AUGAGAAAGUCUGACUCAGGAAUGUACCGGUAUGGUUUGGGUAAAUCUUCAGCUCCAGAUUCAUACUCAGACUUUGAGGUCAGAGUUUCAAAUGAGUCUCCCGUGCACAGAGUGAGCAGGUACAGCAUUGAAUACACAAAAGGAUCUGCGUUUGAACUUCGGGCAACCAUCAGACAUCUGACCAAGUCUGACACGGGACAGUACAGGUGUGGUUACGGGGACCCUUUAUCUCCUGAUUCAUAUGACACUGAAAUUAUUUUGGUUGUAGAUGUGGUGACUUACACUUCUACUCAGGUCUGCGCCUUCAAAGGAUCAACAGCAGAAAUACACUCCACAUUCAGAUACCUAUCGACUAUAAAUGACAUAAAGACAAGAAUCCAGAAAAUGUUCUGGUUUACUACAGUCAAAGAUAAUGAGCCUGUGGACCUGAAAACAGAUCCAGAGAAUUCAGGUCGAGUUCAGUAUCAGUGUGAAAACAACGACUGCACUCUGAGAAUCUCAUACCUGAGAGAGAGCGACUCAGCUGAGUACAAGUUCAUGCUCAUAACAAACGAUCCAGGAGGGAAAUAUACUGGAUCACCUGGAGUCACUUUGACUGUUACAGAUCCACAGCUCCAGGUACAUGUGAGGAGAUCAACAGUAAACUCUUAUUCUAACUGGACAGAGCUGACAUGUCACAACAACUGUCAGCUACCUGAUCAAUCUUCCUACAUCUGGUACAGGAAUGGACACAAACUUUCAUCAGACGAACAAUAUUUACAGCUGAACACAUUUGAUACUGUAGACAGUCUUUACUGUGCUGUGAAAGGAUAUGAGCGAUUCCCUUCUCCAACAGUGUAUGCUCCAAAGCUUCCCUCUGUGUCAGUGAGUCCCUCUGCUGAGAUAGUGGAGGGCAGUUCAGUGGCUCUGACCUGUAGCAGUGAUGCUAACCCAGCAGCUAGUUACACCUGGUACAAGGAGGAUGUCAUCAGCCCUCUCAGGUACCAAAAACAACAUUUUUUCAGAUCCAUCCGGCCUUCUCAAUCUGGAAAGUAUUACUGUACAGCUGAUAAUGGCCUGGGACAAAAGAGAUCUGAAAGCAGAACUAUUGAUGUGAAAUAUGCUCCAAAGCUUCCCUCUGUGUCAGUGAGUCCCUCUGCUGAGAUAGUGGAGGGCAGUUCAGUCACUCUGACCUGUAGCAGUGAUGCUAACCCAGCAGCUAACUACACCUGGUACAAGGAGGAUGUCAUCAACCCUCUCAGUUACCAAAACCAACAUGUUUUCAGCUCCAUCCUGCCCUCUGACUCUGGAAAGUAUUACUGUACAGCUGAUAAUGACCUGGGACAAAAGAGAUCUGAAAGCAGAAACAUUGAUGUGAAAUAUGCUCCAAAGCUUCCCUCUGUGUCAGUGAGUCCCUCUGCUGAGAUAGUGGAGGGCAGUUCAGUCACUCUGACCUGUAGCAGUGAUGCUAACCCAGCAGCUAACUACACCUGGUACAAGGAGGAUGAAAAUUUACCAAAAGCAUUUGGACAGAACUUCACCGUCACCAAGUUCAGACCUGAACACAGUGGGCGUUAUUACUGUGAAGCCCAGAACAAGCUGGGACGUCAUAACUCCACCUUACAGCAGACCAUUGUGCCAGGAGCAAAGAAGAUAAAAGCUGCUGGAGUAACUGCUGCUGUUCUCCUGUCCGUCACAUCCCUCCCUGUCUUCCUUUGGAUUCGAAAAAAGAGGAAUUCCAAGGAAUCAUCCAAGACUGAAGGCAGAGCAGACAACAAAGAACAGGAGGAGCCACAGAAACAGGAUGAUCUUCAGUAUGCCAGCAUCCACUUCUCUAAAAACCAGGCAGAUCCUCUCUACAGCAACAGCAGUUCAGCCCCACAGACACCUGGAGGAACAGAGAGUUACACUUAA